AUGACCACCGUCUCCGCCGUAGACAGCGACGACGAAGAGAUCAAUCCGGUCACAAUGCUUUUACUAGACAACGACGAUGAUGCUCAACAGCAAAACGGUAAGAAACCCGAACUUGCUCCGACACCCAUUCAACACCAAAACUACCACCUUACGUCAAUCGAUUCCACCGUCGUAAUCCGCCAACUUCCCUCCCAAGGCCUCUCCUUCCAGCUCUGGCCAGCCGCCGCCACUUUCGUCAAACUCCUCGACAGCUACCACGCCUCCAACGCCGAUCCAUUCUCCGCCGCCAUCACUACCGCCAAACGCCGUCCACGCCUUCGCAUUCUGGAGCUAGGAUCCGGAACCGGCAUCGUUGGGAUCGCCGCCGCCGCCAUUCUCGGCGCUGACGUCACCGUGACGGAUCUCCCUCACGUGCUGGUAAAUCUCAAGUUCAAUGCUGACGCUAAUUCCGAAGUAUUAGCCCCACGCGGCGGCGAAGUCCACGUGGCGCCGAUGAGUUGGGGGGAAACGGAAGAAAUGGAAGCGAUAGGGCGGGAAUACGACUUGAUUAUUGGUUCUGACGUGGUUUAUCAUGAUCAUCUCUAUGAGCCUUUGCUUCAGACGUUGAAAUUCUUGUUGUUGGACGGCGGAGGAGAUGGCGGUGAGAAGGUGUUUUUGAUGGGGCAUUUGAGGCGGUGGAAGAAGGAAUCUGGAUUCUUUAAGAGAGCGAAGAAGUAUUUUCAGGUUGAAUUGAUUCAUGAAGAUGGUCCAUCUAGUGAUUCUAGAACUGGUGUUGUUGUCUACCGUUUUGCGAAGAAAGAUGCUGUUUUCAGAUGA